AUGCGCGAGAAGGACCACUCACCGCGCAAGAUGCUGCCCAGUCCAAAGCAAGGUGCGGUUUAUCCGCUGCUCGGUCUCGGAUCCACCCUGCCGGCCCCGUUCGAUCUCUCGCUCGUCAACCGAUCGUCGUCCUCGAACCUGCUGCAUCAGCAGCAACAGCAACACCAGAGCCUCGCUGAGCAACCGCUCGAUCUGCGGGUCGAGCGCAAGAAGUCCUGCCCCGGUGGUGGUGGUGGUGGUGGAGGUGGAGGUGGCACGGGUGGAGGUGCGUCCACUUCCACCUCGUCGGAUGAUGAAACCGAUCCACCGCGGGCCAGCUCCACCGACAGCAAGCCGGGCAGCAAUGUGAUAUUCUUUAACGAUAACAACAACAACUCGAACAAUUUGAACAACAACCACAGCAAACCGUCCGAUAGCGACAAGAGUCCGAGUCCCACAAACAACAACAACAACAACCACCACCACAACCACCACAAUCACUCUCACAACAACAACCACCACCACCACCACAACAACAACAACAACAACAACAGCUCCAAGUACGCGAACAACAACCACAUCAGCAUCAAGGACGAGUUCCGAAUAUCGAAUCUGGCGGGGCACAGCCCAAGUGGGUUGUUUUCCGGUCCACCCGGGUUGAAUCCCCUGAUGCUGGAGGCGAUCGCGAAGGCGGGCUUACCCCUCCCAUACCGCGGAUCCUUCCUACCACCGCGAUCGCCCGCCUCGUACGAUCUGCAGCGGCUAAAGGAGCGCGAGGCGCUUGCCGUAAGCCUUUCGCAGCUUCGCCACCAAGGCACCACUAAUAGCGGCGGUGGUGGUGGUGGUGGAGGUGGUGGUGGAGGGGCAAAUGUCCACAACAACAACAACGCGAACAUCAUCAACCACAACCUGCCGGCGGGUGCGCCCGGUUCACACGGCAAAAACAAGGAUCGGUACGCGUGCAAAUUCUGUGGAAAAGUUUUCCCGCGCUCAGCCAACCUAACACGGCAUCUGCGCACACACACGGGCGAACAACCGUACAAGUGCCGGUACUGCGAGCGUUCCUUCAGCAUCUCGAGCAACCUGCAGCGGCACGUGCGCAACAUCCACAACAAGGAGCGCCCGUUUAAGUGCGCCUUGUGCGAGCGCUGUUUCGGGCAGCAGACGAAUCUCGACCGGCAUCUGAAAAAGCACGAAGCGGACGCGGCUGGACUUGGGUUGGGGUUGGACGAACGGCUGCGAGCGGCUCGACGGAACAGCCGUGGAAUCCCGGAGGACUCGUACUUCGAGGAGAUCCGCUCGUUCAUGGGCAAAGUGACGCAAUUACCGAUUCCGCUACGAUUGCAGCAGCAGCAGCAGCAGCAACAACAACAGACAGCUUCGGCGCAGGGAAACACCGGCCUAGAUGGGGGUGGUUUUGGAAGGAGACGUCACACCCAGCAGGCAGACGCGGACACACACUCGUCCCGCAGCUCGACACCCUCGGACGAUGAACCGGUGUCCCCGGCGGGCAGCAUCGGUAGCCCGCAGGACAUCAAGAUGGAGACGAACAACAACGAGGACGGUGAUGAACCGUUACAGGUCACCUGA